AUGGAUCGCUACAUUCGCCGAAACAAGCCCCAUCAUGAGGCGGGGCAAUCGGACCCUGCAGAACAUCGAGCUUCAAAAAAGCCCCGUCUUGGGAAUGAUCAACGAGAUGACGAAGGGGCCAACGAGAGUCUCAACGUGUCUCCAACCUCGGACUCUUGGGACGAUGAACCAACAGUUCUGGGUGUCUAUGCCUCAGCAGAAGAGGUCAUCGAUGAGCCACCGGUGACAGUGGCAACCGCAUUCGAAAGCUCUCUGCCGACAGUUGCGACUGGCACAGAUACCAAUGACGAGUACGAAAUGCUUCGGGUGUCUCAAGCCGCCCAAGAUGACGAAGUUCCGUCAAAACACGAUGGCAAUCGGUGGACAAAGGGAAGGAGUUCGAUCUAUGUGGAUGCAUUCAACCUUGCAUUGGACACCGUCCUCAACGAGGAGUCGCAUCUCUUCGACGACAAAGAGAAGCAUGUCUUUGAGCAGUGGCGCUCAAUUGGUUAUGAAGCCCAAUAUAUGUUGGUUUCCCUUCCAGUCCUUCUCCUACAGCCCGAUAUCGACUCAGAAAUAGAGUUGCAGGAGUGGUCACUAGGCGAUUCGUUUACUUUCGCCGAUGACUCUGACUCCUAUAUUCAAACCGUCGAAGAAGCUGCUGCCCUUCUGAGCAUGGAUGAGUUGAAAAUUCUCGCUAAAGAAGCCAGAGUGCAAGGCAAGAACAAAGGGGACCUCCUGAAAGCCUUCUGUCGUGCCAGCGCUCAGCAAACAGGACUUCUGGCUCUUGGAAUCAAGCAAUUCGGUGCUAACGAUUCAAGCUCUGAUGGGGUCACAAUGAUGGACCAUCGCAACCGCAACGCCCACUUCCUGCAGAAAAUUCUCUCUAUAACUGGCCCUUUGAUCCGGCUAUCAGCGCCUGUUUUCAAGCUCUUCGAGCGCGUCCAUCUAGUCUUCUUCCGGUCUACAGAAUGGACCGAAAAGUCUCUCACGACAAUCCUCCUAGCCAAAAUGGCGAAGCGAAACUAUCCCGAGUAUAUUGUGUGCCGGUCAACCAAUAUCUUCCCCUCUCGACGUCAUCUCCUGGAUUUUGAGUUGUCGAUGAGGAAAGACUUCGAGGUUGACCAGGCUCUUGAAUCGCGUGGAUCAGGGGAAGAGGGAUUUCGAAAGGUUAUUUACAUCUUCGAGAGUAUCGCCUCACGCUGGCGAGAGUUGAUUCGAGAGGAGAAUUACCGUGAAAACCAUGUUUAUGAGUUUGGCGAGGGCGGUUAUCUACGGCGAUUCAGUCCCGGUCAUGCUUAUACCCGGAUUGCGCAUAAGGCUGCUCACGCCUUGGGUCGUCUGCACAAAUACUGGGAAGAGCAUCAACUCCUAACUGAACUCCUUAAUCAGCGGUUGUUUCACCUGGCCCGUCGCGGGGCCUGGUAUCAGCGGAAAGCGCUCUUAGAGGAACGGUAUAUGUGGGAGACAGACCCUGAUCCAGUAUCACCAGACCCUGAAGUACGCAAAAAGCAUUGGCAGCGGAUCGCCGUUACUACUUGCGAGACUGCCCUCGAGGAUCGUGACUGUCAUCUGAUCUACCAUUAUGACCUACAGAAGCGGUUGCUAAAGCUUGAGAAGAAGCUACGCAUUCCCCGCCGUCUACAACAUGAUUUUGGUCAUGUCAGACUUCAUGAGCCCGAAAUCCAUGUAGUUUACGGAAUCCAACUCGUUCGCAGAGAGCCUGACAUCAAAGACAAACCAAUUCGUACCUCUGGAAAAACGAUGUGGCUUGAUGAGCUUGGAGCGCCAGAUAAGAACGGCAACCCAUUACAUGUCAGGGUUGAGGAAAUGUGCUUAUCACACUACCGCAGCAAAGGUUGGAAAGGAUAUCACAGUGAGGGUGGUAUUUUGCGAACUCUGUUCGCGUACCUGUUCUUCGACAUCAUGUUUGUCUAUGUCCCAAACGUUUUCCAAACCGCCUGCCAGACAUGUCCGCUUGAUCUCUUUACGGACACCUUCUAUACGACUCGCGCAAGCCAGAUCAACCACCGACUGGUUGAAAUCUCCAAUGGGGAAGGUCCUCGAAUAGUUCGCGAAGUCCAUUCACGGGAGUACAAACGUCGCACCUGUGUCAUUGGAUUAAAUUGGGACUUCGAUAUUGACGAUCUAGUUGAACUGGUGAGUUGUUUCGACGGCGAAGCGCUUGCCGCUGUGUGUAAAGUCAUUGCACAGGAGUACAGGAGUCGUGUUAGUGGCGUUCCGGAUCUCAUCCUGUGGAGGCCAGCAACCGAUGGCAGCCCUAAGACGGGAGAAGUCAUGUUUGCGGAAGUAAAGAGCGCCAACGAUCGGCUCAGCGAUGCCCAGCGUUUAUGGAUCAACGUUCUCAUUGGAGCCGGCAUCCGGGUUGCGCUGUGCAAUGCCGUCGCCACUGAAGUCCACACAGUUAAAUAA